AUGGAUGUUGUCUCUUGUAUGAGGAACGAAAAUCUGCACGGCAAUUGGAGAAUCAUCCCUAUUAUCUUGGAGAUCAGGAGACUCUCUUCAUGGUUCACCUCGGUCAAAUGGGAAUGGGUAUCUCGCCAAGCAAAUCAAGCUGCGCAUGCUGCUGCAGCUCUGUCAAAUAUGAGGGUGCGAACUUUGCGUUGGGCCUCACAGCCUCCUCCCUCUAUGGUUCGGGCAUUGGCUAAGGACGGUUUGCCAUGCCCCCCUAGUAAUUAG